AUGGUCAACAUUCCCAAGACCCGUAACACUUACUGCAAGGGCAAGACCUGCAAGAAGCACACUCCUCACAAGGUCACCCAGUACAAGACCGGCAAGGCUUCCUUGUUCGCUCAGGGUAAGAGACGUUAUGACCGUAAGCAAUCCGGUUAUGGUGGUCAGACCAAGCCCGUCUUCCACAAGAAGGCCAAGACUACCAAGAAGGUUGUCCUUCGUCUCGAAUGCACUGUCUGCAAGUACAAGAUGCAAAUGGCUCUCAAGCGUUGCAAGCACUUCGAACUCGGUGGUGACAAGAAGACCAAGGGUGCUGCUCUUGUCUUCUAA